AACAUUAUAAUUGUUAUGACAUCUCUUGUAGCUUUGGAAAUAAAUAACCAGAAUGGAAUAAUUCCAGCAAGAACGUCUCAGAAGAUUACAGCAACUGCUUAUCCGUCACGUCGAGUCUGCUACAAGUUCAAACUCAGUUAUGAGCUUUUCUCGAUGUUUGAUGAUGGUAAACCGUUCUUAACAUGCCCCAAGAGACAACUAGUUGAUCUGCAGUGUCAAGGAGUGUAUCCAACUCUUUCUGUAACUGAUGCUCGCUGCCUGGGGAGUGGUAAAGGAUACAGUAAAAUACAAAUAUGGACCCUCUUUUCCCUUGACAGCCUGAAUGAAUGCCUGGAGUCCGAUCCAUCUCCGUCAGAACUCCUUUAUGCUGCAGUCACUCGACACAGCACAAGGCGCCGAGUCCCUGUCAACACAAGAGCCAUAAUGGACUUUAACUUUGGAGCAGCUCCUCUGGGCGAUGACUCAUGUGUGGUUCAUCUGAACCUACAGAACACAGGAUCAGUUCCUGCUGAAUGGGCUUUCUUGUAUCCGAGUGAUCUGCAGCUUGAAUUGGAGUAUUGGACUGAGACAGGAGAGUAUGAUGAAGAUGAACUUCAUGAGAUGCAGGUCAUGGACAAUAAACUAUUCAACAUUGAACCCAGAAGAGGGAAGCUGUUACCAGGAGAGUGUCGCACUGUUACUCUAACUUACAGCCACCUGUUCACUGGUACCAACAGACUUCCAAUCUUGUUCAAGGUCAUGAGAGGAAGAGAAAUCCUGUUGAAUUUCACUGGCGUGACUGUGGACCCAGACAGUUUCUAUGUACACUUUGCCAACACACGGCACCUAUUUGAGCCUGUCCCUGUGGGAGGGACCUCACCACCAGUACAAGUGUAUGAGCUCUACAAUGGAGGAGCCAGAGUUGUUAAGUACGAGCUGGAUAUGGAACCACUGGCACAGGUCCAAGCUCAAAACUAUGGCUGUCGCAUCUUUGAAUGUCUGAAUCCAUCAGGAGAGAUCCCCCCUGAAUGUGCUGCUUUGAUCUACUGGCAAUUUUCUCCACUUGAAGCAAGAACUUACAUGGUAGAUGUUCCAGUCCGUAUCAUUGGCGGGGAGACAGUGCUGGUCACAUUCACUGGAGUAGGAUAUGAUCAGCGUAUCAUGGGAGAUACGCUUCCUGUCAAGGAUGUGGGAAGCACCGCAGUGCCUGAUAAACAGAUAGUGCAGGUGCCUAAACAGUUGUCCUACUUGUCAGUGGAAUGCAUUCCAUUUGGUAACGUUCCUUUGUAUACAAUGUCUCGACGUAUGUUCUUUUUGACGAAUUCUUCAAAAGAUCACAUUAUAUCCUUCAGAUGGAUCUUAGAGGGAUCUGCCAUGGAACAGGUGAUAAUGAUUGAGCCAGAUCACGGCUUCCUCAAACCAAAGCAAAAUGUGCUGCUCAAGGUUUCGUUCUUUUCCUGUGGUGCGCCUUCACUUUAUGACAUGGACAUAAUAUGCGAGAUUGUUGAUGAAACGGAGAUGGCAGAGUAUAACCAGCGUCUUAUAGACUGGACUAACAUGAAGGAGGAAAAACAAUACACCUUUACAAUAACAGAAGAUGAUUUGAAAAGACCUCAGUCAGGACCGCAUCUUAAAUCCAUCAGCCAUCCAAGUCGAGGCAAGUCUCAAUCUGAAGGAGACUUGAGGAAGUAUCGAGCUCUGCCUCCAAUAGGAUCACCCAGGGAAACAAAAAGAAAAAAGAGCAGCAGAUCAUCUCGCCCAGAGACUCCGCCACAACCCGUGCCUCCAGAAUCAUUCCUGCUUCAUCUGGGAAUCACAGCUAGGACACAUGCGAUAGGAGAGUUUUAUGGCAGCUUCCCAGCAGCCGUGAACAGAUUUUUGAUCGACCAGCGUUACGUGUUGUCUCGAGGGACUGAUGACCAAGAGAAAGAGGAACUGUCAGCCUUAGUCUCCUGUGCGCGACCGGAAAUGACGAUCAUUCAGGAUGUGCUGUCUGUGAUUUUAAGGGGUCUGCUUGAUGAUGACAAUUUCUAUCAAAGAAUGUCCGAGAUAGACCAGGAGCCUGUACCCUACUUUAGACAACUGUACGAAACGCAGUACACAAGUAGCCCCAGGCCUUCCUCUGCCAGUAGUCAAAGUAGUGACCAGUCUCGUCCUGGUGAGGAGUUUGGUGGCGAACUGGAACAGCUGCCUGGUAGCAAACAGCAAACUGGCAGUGAUCACAGUCGUGAGGCUGGAGCAGCAGAAGAAAGAGUCAUGAGUAGGACACGUCAGAUAAUACAGCGCACGUCUGAAUCAUCACUCUCCCUAGCAGCUGACAGAUUGAUGGACACAGACGGUGAUGCGGAAACACUGACAGCACAGAGACAAACAGUGCGCAGAUUGCCUGAGUUUGAGUCACUGGUGGAGUCCAUUCUUGAAAAUUCACUUCUGAACUUGCUGACUGAAGCGAAUCAUGGGGAGGUGAACCUGACAUCACGGACAAGAGUGAUAGCCUUGCCGCCCAAUAGAGCAGCACACAAGUCAAUAAGAUAGCGUAAAAUAACGGUCAUAUUGCACGGGAAGCUUGUAAAUAAUAAAUUAUUUUUCCUGCAUCAGAAAAUGAGGCAACCUCGGAACAAGAAAGAGCUCCAUAUUCAAAAUACUUAAGACAGUAUCAAAAAACACCUUUUUAAAAUGUAUGGUGAAAGAUGUAUCAAUGUUGUGUUUUACAUUAAUUUUGGUCUGUACAGAGUAUUUUAUAUCUUAAAGCUAUUGUUCACGGUUUUGUGUAUAUGGAAUCUGAAUCUGAGUUUUCCUAUCUUAACCUUCAAACCUUUGAAUGUUACAUGAAUGUAUAAUAAAAGUUUGAUGCUCCUAGA